AUGAUCAAGAAAAUUGGUAACGUAGCAUAUCGGGUCGACUUACCUCCAUCCCUUAAAAUCCAUCCCGUCUUCCACGUAAGUAUGUUGAAGCCUUAUAAAAGGGAUGUGAAAGACCCAAGCCGAGGGUUAACAUCAAGGGCACCGCCGAUCACUAAUAAGUCAUUCGACAAGGAAGUGGAAGCGGUGCUUACAUCCGACAUAGUCAGGCGACGAGGGGUACCACUGAAAACACGAUACUUAAUCAAGUGGAAGGGCCUCCCCGAUUCAGAAACCUCUUGGGAGUUCGAGGAAGACUUAUGGCAAUUCCAGGAUACCAUUGAACGAUACAAGGCAACGGGGAUGCCGCAACAAUAG